UUGUGAUUAGAACAGAGCACAGUUUUCACUUUCAUCAUUGUUCUCGUUAAAUUCAACAAGGAUUACAGCAGGAAUCUAAGAUAUACAACACACUAAAACUAAGACGUUAUUUAGUGCUCUGUCUGGAAAGAAGAAAGAAAGAAGAAAGAUUAAUUCAUCGAUUGAUACGAUUUUGAAGUCUGCUUGUUUUGAAGGACCGAAUGGAGAGCUAUGUUAUCACCUCUCCUUCAGAAGACUUGCUUCACUAUGACCGUGAUCAGUGUCAGCCAGUGUACGAUCUCUAUUCCCUCUCUGAAGUAAAUGGCCAUGGGGUACAGAAUGGGUGGGAAUGCCAUCCUGUCCAUAUGCAGUACAACGACAGUGGAUUGCCUCCUGGAUAUCACUUCACCGAGCUUCACCCUACUCCAUAUCAUUAUGGUGAUGUGGAAUCUCUGCAUCAUCCCUUAGAACAAACAUUUGCUGGACAUUCCACUGACAUUCCUCCACAGGCCCUGUAUUACCACCAGCAGCAGCAGCAGCAGCACUCCCCUGCUGCCCGGUGCAGCACAGACGAGGAGGAGCCAGGAGGCCGGAGCCCCCCGUUAGAGGUGUCUGAGGGGGAGGAGGUGCACUCAGAGCACCAUACCCACUGCCUGGGCUCCGUAACCAGAAACAACAAGAAACUGCGGCUGUAUCAAUUUUUGCUGGACCUACUGAGGACUGGUGAUAUGAAGGAUAGCAUCUGGUGGGUGGACAGAGAAAGGGGGAUGUUCCAGUUCUCCUCCAAACACAAGGAAGCUCUAGCCAACCGCUGGGGGAUUCAGAAGGGCAACAGGAAAAUGAUGACCUACCAAAAAAUGGCCAGGGCCCUGAGAAAUUAUGGAAAAACCGGAGAAAUUCAAAAGGUCAAGCGAAAAUUGACAUAUCAAUUCAGUGGAGAGGUACUGCAAAGACUACUACCCACUAAUAGAAGACAGUAUAACUAGCCGACUGAUGAACACUGGACCACAAUCACUGUUGUAUUAUUGAUCAUUUUUGCCUUUAGACAUUUCUCUGCAUCUAAUACAAUGUAAUGGCAAGAAUUGGCAGAAAAGCCAAAAGUCAGCGUAUUGUCAUUUCAUAUCCUACUUCCACAAUGGUAUACAAUAAAAGUACAGGUCAUGAUACAUACAUCUUAGUGUUAGGCUAUAUCAACACUCAGACCAGCUUUAUGAAUGAAAUUGUCUUUCACUGUUAAAACAUAAUUAUGACAAUGUGUGCCAUUAUUCAUUAAACAUAUGUGAAUACUC